GAGAAGUGGUGUUAGAUGGAAUAAAUAAAGCUAAACCAAGAUCCAAGACCAGAUGAAAUAUAUUCUAAUUCUAGAAUCAUCAAAAGGGUCGAGGAACAUCUGGAUUCUCAGCAGUCUAACACAGAACGCCCAUUAUUCGAUUAACUCACUCAAUUUGGACGACCUGGCGCUUUACUUAGCUACAAGAAUCUCACAUAUAUCCAGCUAAUUUCCAAAAAUGAAAAAUCCUCAAGAGCGAUCAAGUAUUCUAUCACGCCGGCUCAUUUUGCUAAUUUAUCCCAGAAAGGAACCACCAAAACAAUAUCCGAUCUUCGGCAUUUUUCUCCAAGAAUCUCAACACUCUCAAAUAAAGCCAUCAGCAUACCCAAUUUUUCCAAUUCCUUUCACCUACGAGCCCACAUUAUCAUCCCGAGUUCUCCUAAACCUCAAAUUCGGCUUAAACAAUGGCUCUUCUCAUCCAUUAUCCCUCCCGUCUCAUUCAUCUCAUCCUCAUAUUCACUACCCCCCAAAGUGCCGAGUGGCCGAGACUAUCUCCAACACCUCACUUUUUCGACCGACCCAUUCUUUUCAAAAUCAUCAGCAAACUGCGUUCGGUCUUCUCUCACGGUACCAACCCAGCGAGUCAGAUCCACUGCAAAUCACCUCCAGUAAGUCCCAACUUGCCCACAGGCUCUGGAAAUAUCUCGAAUUUUCCCGUUCCUACAAGCUUAGACCUUAAGAGCAGCUACACUACGCGAUCGUAUUAUCUCAGAAAGAUGUCCUCCCUAAAUCCACGCGCGCCUGUUUUUAUACCUUCCCUUCAUUUUACCUCAAGUACUCCCUCAGCUGGUCCCCUCUCUUCUUUCACCCCACGACCAUUACCACCAAUACCACAUCAUUUGGCUGCUGCCAAUGCUGCCGGAUAUUCAUUCAUUGCUGCAUAUCCCAACCAUCCACUUGCAGAAUUUGCUGCUGAAGAAGUUCAAACUGCAGUGGACGAGCGAGCACUUGUCUUGUGCCAAAAGGACAAGUUGAGAGAAAAGAUGUUGGUUUCCCAUUUGAAAAGAUUUUUACAUGAUACUGGCACGGGAAAGGAGGCAGUAAAGGGUAAGAAAUGGGUUAAGAGCCAAGAAAAGGGGGUUGUGUCUGAAUAUAAAAAGAUAUGUGCAAAGUUGGGCGAGCGACCUGAAGUUUCUCGUUGGUUUUUUUGACGAGAAACAUUGUUAAACAUGAGUAAUACAGACCUUUUGUAACCUUGUACAUUUGAGGUAGGAUAACGGGUCAAAAUAUUUGAGAUGAGCGAAAAGAAAAUGCGACAACGAUCUCGUUUGCAGACGGGAUGAAGUGCUUGGAUAAAAUGGGACACAGGAUAGGUUGGGUGGGAUAAGAUCUUCAACUUGCAACUUGUGGCUAUCUGAUUACUUGCUGAUAGUUUUGAAUACCAAUCAAAUCGUUUUGACACCACAAUACUUAAUAGGUAUCUUCAGUGAGACGUUUUUUGACGUUUGUCAUCUACUUAGAACUCGAAAAAUAACACGUCGAUGGAGCUUUUCUCGGCUUGAGAAUUGCUUGCUUGAAAGGAAAGGAAAUUUCGACCUUGCGGUUGGCUGAAAAGAAAAGGUUGAGAGAGUAAUCGAAUAUCAACGCUUCACUUCAAGGACCCCGAUCUGGUUGCAUCAUCCAACACACCAACUUUGGUGAUCUUGAGAAAAGGACAGAACAGAUGUGGAAUUCUAUGUUUCUAACACAUUGUUUGUAAAAUAAUACAGUCCUAUAGAGGGAAAACAAUUUGCUUUGAGGGACCUUCCGAGGUCUUUGUCAGAUCGGAGUCUAUGGGAUAGACCAAUAUAGACUUCGGAGUGUCGAAGUUUA